GCCUGCAAACUGCCGUGCUUCUGAGCCAGAGCCAUCGAUGGACAGAAUGUCUGCCCGAAGCACCACAGUUGCAGCGUUCUACCUGCAUGCUACCUGCAUGCUACAUUUAGUUGUCUCUUUGUGUGUGCAUUCGCCAACUCCCACUAAUGGUACCGGUAGGUAGCAAGUCUCUGAGUUGAAACAAGUGAAAGACCAUGGAGAGUCAGCCACCGAAAAGAGAGCGAGAUGAAGAAUCGGAGCCUGAUGAGCUUGACCUGUUGAAGAUUGUGGCUUUGCGCUGCCAGCCCGAAGCAACUUCCAAUGGUGCAACUAAGACUGAAGCUUGUGUGUCUUCCUAUCAGGGAUCAACAGAUGCUGAAGAUCCAGGUCCGUGUAGAAAAGGUACCCAAACCGGCGCCAGCACAGACACAAACCCCCCUUUCAAACACACUCCAGAGAACAAAAAUCAGCCCUCUGUGCCACAAACAGCAAAUGUUGGUAUGGGCACCAAUGCCAAAGAGAACAUGGCCAAUGAAGCAGCAUCACAAUCAAAUGGGGACACCAAACCCGGUGCAAAAGCAGACAUGAAUUCCCCUUCUAAACCACCUCCGAAGGAUAAGAAUCAGCUCUCCGAGCCACAAACAGCAAACAUCGAUAUGGGCACCAAAGAGAAUUCGGCCAAUGAAGCUUCCUUGGAAUCAAACGGGGAGGAACAGUUUCCAGCGAAUUGUUCCCCCACGUACCGGUAUCAGGAGCCAAUGGUUGGAGCGUAUGCUGUCGCUCCUCCACCAGAUCAAUCCACCAUAGAGGAGAACCAGGACGAUGAGAGCGAAUCAGAUGAAGAAUCAGCAGUCACACCCCAUACAAGUGCAGCAGCUCGGCUCGCUGUUGCCAUACCGGUGGAUGAAAACCAUGAGCGGCAAGCCCAGUCAUUGCCAAAAGCAGAGGAAUACAAUCUAGACGAGCAGGCGAGAAUGAGAACGGAACGAAAAAGGAAGACUCAUUUGAUCAAAGCAACAAUCUGUAUCAGCCUUGGAGCCCUUAUUCUCGCUGGAUUCGUUCUGCUGAUUGUCUAUCUGCUUGGUUUGGACGAGAAGGUCGAUCAACAGGAGGCCCACGACGGCAACACUAGCCAUGCUUUUACUUCACACAAUACCACGUCCAAUGAAAUUGAAGCAUAUGUUAUGGCCUUGC